AACCAAUUGUCAAAUUUAAACGUUGCCAUGUUUUGGGAAGAAGUUCAUCUCCAAAGGGAAAUGGAACUGAAAAAAAUGGAACUAAAGAAUCAGAUUGAAAUCACACGCGUUAAUGGUGUCUUGCAUAUGUUCGAAGCAACGAAUGUCAGCCAACAACACGUUAUUAAUAUCCAACAUCAAGACCUUCUCAGUAUAUACCAACCCCACGGUGUUGAACAGGUAAAUGCACCUGUAACAAAUCUCCCAAAUAUCCUAAAUAGUCACAAAAAGCGGAAAACUGAAGACAACUUUCAGGAAAGUUGGAGUAAACGCAUGACGGAAUCCCAUGAUGGCAAUUUGAAUGACGAGCUUGAUUGGUAUUUUAAUAAUCCUAAUGGAGAAAAAUCAACUGAUCCGAUUAGGCAACACGAAACAGAUGAGGAAGGCGAGCUUACUAAAUAUGUACAAGAGGAAUUGAAUGGGAGAGUAGAAUUGCCAACAUGUUAUAAUCAAGAGAAUGAAAAUAAGGAAAAUGUUCCUACGUGUAAAAAAGUAAAGAAAAGUGUUCCAAACACGAAGAAUCCAAGACCAAGAAAUGAUAGCAAAGAGUCUUCAGAGAUUCCUUCCCCUUGUGACGUAGGGCUUAAGGAUGAUGAUGAAAUAAAGUUUGAUUUUACAAAUAUUGAAAGGGAGUUGCUACGAGAACCAAUCAAUGAAAUGAUUAUACAUGAAAAUCCAUAUACCAUAACUGAUCCAGUACUACCGAUAGAUGUUUUAUCCUUUUUGCGGAAUGCAUUGGCUGAUUCCUUGGAAGGAAAGACCGCUUUUUUGUCCUUAGGUGAUUCUGAAAUUGGUCGAACGGUUUCCCGAAUCUUUAAUGACAUGUGUACUAGUGUUCCUGAUGUUUCCCCAAGUAAAACAUCAGAAGAUGAGCACUGUUUCAAGUUGCUACAUCCAAUCAUCCGUCCAUUGUUUUUCACUAACUCAUACAAAGGAUAUGAUAUUCGCUUGAAUCGUGCUACAAGUGGCAUUGCAACAAGGCCAGAUUUUUUGUGUUUAGUCAAUGAAAUUUCUAUUUUAAAUUCGGAAAUUAAGCCACCUGGAUUCACACCUCUCCAACAACAAAAAGACAAGUUGAAGGUACAAUUGCGAGGGCGUAAGUCCAUCAAUCAGCUGUUAAGGACGAAAGGUGGUCCAGCAGAAACGGUAUUGUUAAUAAAUCAAGGAGAUUUAGUAGAAUCAUAUGUUAUGGAUCUUAAAUACGACGGACUUUACUGGUCAUGGUCGUUUUUAACUACCCGAUUGGAACGCAUAAGCAAAAUUGCCGAGGAUUACAAUCGUCGAACUUGUCAAAGUGGCACAAACACUCCCCCAUUGCAAACACAGUAUAUGCGAGACUUACCAAGUAGUCCACAAAUAAAAGAGAUACUUAAUUCAAAGUGUGGUUAA